AUGUCAUCUACGGUUAAGUUUACGACGCUAAACGACGAUCCUUAUGGAUCAUACCAAGCAUAUAUUCUGGAGAUUCCUCCAUACACAUUUCUUCUUGAUUGCGGAUGGGAUUCAAAAUUUAAUAUGACAUAUUUUAAUUCAAUAGCAGCAUAUGCUGAUAAAAUUUCAGCUAUAUUAUUAUCAUAUCCUUCAAUAUCACAUAUUGGAAUAUUAACUUUAUAUGAUUGGGUAGCAUCUUUAAAACAAAAUUCAGAAUUUAAUUUAUUUGAUCUUGAGGAUAUUGAUAGAGUAAUGGAAAAAGUUCAAAAAAUCAAGUACAGUCAAUUAAUAACAAUAAAUACUUUGAAAGGAGUUAAUUGUGAACAAUUUCAGAUAUCAAAAAAUGAUAAUACUGCCUAUGGAGAUAUUGAAAUUCCAUUAGAAAAACAAGUUACUAUACAAGCACUGUGUUCAGGACAUAUGUUAGGAGGAAGUUAUUGGAAAAUUAGCCGUAUGAGUGAUGAAGAUAUUAUUUAUGCUGUUGAUUUUAAUAAUAAAAAAGAGAGACAUUUAAACGGGGCUAAUUUUAAUGCAUUUAUUAAUACAAACGUUUCUAAUAUUUCAUCUUCUAAUUUGUCCUCAGCUACAAAUAUAGGAACGAAACCAUUAUUAUUUAUAACAUCAGGAGUUAAUGCAGGUUAUGUACCUGAAAAACGGAGGACAAGAGAUGAAAAAUUUUUAUCUAGUUCUUAUGAAACUUUACGUAAUGGUGGAGAUGUAUUAGUUUGUGUUGAUACAGGAGGUAGAAUGCUUGAAUUAGUAAAUCUUCUUAAUUCUGCAUGGUGUGGUAGUAAUUUAUCAAUAAAUAAUAAUGCUAAUCAAGAUGACGGUAGAGAUACAAAUAUUACCAAUCAAUAUAGAUUUAAUUUUGAACCUUAUGCCUUAGUACUUUUAAGUAAUGUUGGUAAUAGUGUUCUUCAAACUGCUGUCAUGAAUGUAGAAUGGAUGAAUGAUAGGUUUACUGUUGAUCAUACUUCUAGUAGUAUUCUUGGUAACGGUACCAUUGAAGGGACUAAUGGGGCUUCUUUACCUACAGUCUCAGCUUUUUCAUAUGACAAUUUUAAUAUUUGUAAUAGUCUUGAGGCAUUAGAUUCUAUUCCACAAAAUAAACUUAUCCUUGUACCCUCUUUUGAUAUGGAAAUAGGUUUUUCAAGGAAUCUUUUUUAUAGUUUUGUUGAGGAUCCUAAAAAUCUUGUUAUUUUAACUAAUAGGUCUGGUGAUAGAAAUAGUUUAGCCGGAAAGUUAUUCCGUAUUGUUGAAGGUAGAAAUAAAGAAGAAAGAGGAAUAGGGCGAAGUGAAGAAAGUAUUGAUCUUGAUGUUAAAUUAAGAGUUUUACUUGAAGGAAAAGAAUUAGAAGCUUAUAAUCAAAGAAAAUUAGAUGCUGAAGCAGAAGAGGCAAGGAAAAAACAAGAAGAAAUUCGCCGUAAACAACAAUUACGUGAGGAUGAAGAACAAGAGGAGGAAAGAAAUGUCCUUCGUAUGGGAAAAACAGAGGCAUGUGGAGAUGAUGAAAUAGAAAAUUCAGAAGAUUUCUUGUCUGUUGAUAAUAUUUUUAAACAAAAUUUACCAAAAAGUAUUAAAAUGGAAUUGGUAGAUGAAGAAAUGAAUGGUACAAUUGAUGAUAAGUCAAAAGAAACCAUAAAUAAAACAUUAGAUUAUUCUUCUUUAGAAAUGGAAGUUGAUGUAACAAAGGUAGAGGAUGUAGAUGAUGAUGAUGAUUAUUCAUCUUUAAUUUUUCCGUUAGGUGAACGUAACUCUGAACAUGAAAUGAUGUCUUAUUUACCAUUAAAAAGUUAUGAUCAACCAUGGGAUGACUAUGGUGAAAUUAUUAAUGCGGAAGAAAUUAUUACACUUGAUCCUUAUAGAAAAGCAUUUGCCUCAAAAGAAGGUGCCUUGGAGAAUGAUGAUGAUGAUGAGAAUGAUACUCAUAGUGUGGACGAUGAAAUGAAUGAUGAAUUAGGGGGCAGUAAUAAAAAACAACGUUUAGCAGGAAUGAAAUUGACAAAAGAAAGUCUAUUUCCAUGGACAGCUGCACCAACAAAAUGUAUUUCAUACUUUGAGGGAAGAGUUGAUGGUGAUAGUUUAGAAAAAAUUAUAUCCCAAAUGUCUCCGAAAAAUUUAAUCAUUGUCAAUGGAUAUGAUCAAGCUGUUCACAAAUUAAUGACAACUUGUAGAGAGACAAUAAAAAUUGAAGGCCUUGUUGACAAUGUUAAAGUUGGUAAAAGUGUAGAAAUUGUUGGUGAUAGUAAAGGAAAAGUAGUAAGAAUGAGUAAAGAUCUCAUUUCUAGGACAAAUAUGAUUAGAAUCAUGAAUGGACAGGAGUGGUCUUGGAUAGAAGGUAUACUUGAAAGCAAAUCCGGUAAAGACGAUGAAUAUAUUACAAAUGAUAUUAAUAAUUUAAUUAACGAAAAAGAAAAUAUUGAAAAAGAUAUAGAAAUGGAAGAAUGCAUAGAAGAAGAAAAAAGUUCUCCAAUAAUAGAUACUGAAUCUCAACUAAUAUUAAAACCUUGUACUGUUACAAAUUCAAAACCUCAUCCAGUGUUAUAUUUAAAUUCUCCUAAAUUAAUUGAUAUUAAAGCUCGUUUCACAGCUGAAGGUUACAAUGCAGUCCUCUAUUUAAAUAUUCUUCAUAUAAAUGGUAUUGCAACAAUUCAAAAAGACGAUACAGGAAGUGUGAAAAUUGAAGGAAAGUAUUGUAUGGAAUAUUUUAAAAUUCGUGAUCUACUUUAUAAUAUGUUCGCUAUUAUAUAA